AUGCCCGAGGGCCAGCGGGUGCUCGCCUCUCCCCCGGCGGCGGCUCGGGGAGCCCUGGGCAGGGUGUCGUCGGGGGGGCCCUCGGCCUGCCCAUCGCCCCGCCUCCCGGCCCCGGGGUCCCCGGGGUCCCCGGGGUCCGCGGGGUCGCCGGCGUCCCUGGCCCCUCCGCGGGGCGCCGUCCGCUCCAGCGUCCCGCAGAAGCUGGCCGAAGCGCUGAGCAGCCAGUACGGGCUGAUAGUGUUCGUGGCGGGGCUGCUGCUCCUACUGGCCUGGGCCGUGCACGCCUCGGGGGUGGGCAAGAGCGACCUGCUCUGCUUCCUCACGGCGCUCAUGCUGCUGCAGCUGGUCUGGAUGCUGUGGUACGUGGGUCGCAGCUCCGCGCACCGCCGCCUCAUCAGCCCCAAGGACACGCACGCCGGCGCCCGCUGGCUCCGUGGUAGUAUCACACUGUUUGCAGCCAUUACCAUCAUCCUGGGAUGCCUUAAAGUUGGGUACUUCAUUGGAUUUUCUGAAUGUCUAUCGGCCACCGAAGGAGUCUUCCCCAUCACACAUGCAGCACAUACUCUGUUGCAGGUGUAUUUUCUUUGGGGGCACGCAAAGGAUGUCAUCCAGUCUUUCAAAACCCUGGAAAGGUUUGGGGUGAUCCACUCGGUGUUCACCAAUCUGCUUCUGUGGACCAAUGGUGUCCUGAAUGAAUCAAAGCACCAACUUAAUGAGCACAAGGAACGGCUCAUCACUCUGGGCUUUGGGAACAUCACCAUCGUCUUGGAUGACCACACGCCUCCGUGUAACUGCUCGCCCCCGACGUUCUGCUCCGCCAUCUCCCAGGGGAUCUACUACCUCUACCCCUUCAAUAUAGAGUAUCAGAUCUUGGCUUCCACGAUGCUCUACGUCCUGUGGAAGAAUGUCGGACGCAAAGUGGACAGUCAGCAGCAUCAGAACAUGGAGUUCAAGUUUCCUGGGGUCAUGGCAGGCUCGGUCCUGGGCCUGAGUGUGCUGGCCGCCACGAUUGGGGUUGUGGUGGUAUAUCUGGUUCAGAUCGGGCAUUCCAAAACCAAGAGCGAGUUGGCACUCAUCAUGUUCUACCUGUACGCCAUCGCCUUGCUGAUGCUCAUGGGGGCUGCGGGGCUGCUUGGAAUUCGGAUCUACAGGAUAGAUGAGAAGUCGCUAGAUGAGUCCCGAAACCCCGCCCGCAAACUGGACGCAGACCUCUUGGUGAGCACUGCCUCCGGCUCCUGGCUCAUCUCCUGGGGCUCCAUCUUGGCUAUCCUCUGUGCUGAAGCCCGCCCCCUGUACACCUGGUUCAACCUGCCCUACUCCAUCCUGGUGAUCGCCGAGAAAUACAUCCAGAACCUCUUCAUCAUCGAGUCCAUUCACCGGGAGCCGGAGAAGCUCUCUGAGGACAUCAGGACCCUGCGGGUAGUUACAGUCUGCAACGGUGAUACCAUAUCCCUUGCCUCAUCCCGCCUCAAUGGCGGAGCCCUGGCCAUGGACGUGGCUUCCCUGGGCAGGGAGAUGCCCCACAUGGCCAACGGAAAUACGCACCUGAGAGAAGGCCUUGGCAGAGAGUCAGAAGAGAGGAGCCAGGAAGGGACCCCGGGCCCAACCGGCCAGCCCCGUUUCCUGCAAGGAGAUGCCAAGAGAAGAGUGUUGAGGAAUAUUGCAGCCUUUUUGUUCCUCUGCAAUAUCUCGCUCUGGAUCCCUCCCGCCUUCGGCUGCCGCCCUGAGUACGACAACGGAUUGGAGGAGAUUGUCUUUGGCUUUGAACCUUGGAUAAUUGUGGUCAACCUGGCCAUGCCUUUUUCUAUUUUCUACCGAAUGCAUGCAGCUGCCUCUCUCUUUGAGGUCUAUUGUAAGAUAUAG